AGCUGGGGCUGGCGCCGCGCGGACGUUCGACGGCCAGACGGUGCACGCCGCUCGCAGCAGCACGUGCUCCAGUCGCGCGCUGCAGUCGGUGUCGGUGUCGGUGUUGGAGGGGUGUCGAUCUAUCGGUGCAGUGUAUAAACACUAUCUUUUGGUAGCGAUAGCAGUGCUAAAACACUGCUGCUACAGGCACCAAGAAAUCGCUGUAGCCGGGGAGGUCAUAAACGGGUGCCGUUAGACUUAACGCUGCGACAUGGAACUCUGGAGGGCCGCCGGCGCCGCCUUGUGACAUGAUGACGCUGCAUGAUGGGCGAGAAGGUCAACAGCGAGAGCCAGCCGCGAGUCAGCGUCACCUUCAUCAAUGCGCCCUCCUCGUGGCGGAAGGCCCAGCAGCGGCUGCGGAAAGUCGGCGGCCACCUGGGCCUCAUCCUGCUGCUGAUGGUCUACACGGCCGGCGGAGCCAAGGUGUUCCAGGACAUUGAACUGCCUCGGGAGGAGGCGGACGUGGCCGUGGCUGUGACCAGGGUCAUGUCCCACCGAAGUCGGCUCCUCUUCACAAUUGCGAACAGCAGUGAAGUGUCCAGCUCCGAAACCAUGCUCAGAGAGCUGCUGACCGCCUAUGAGGCCGAUCUCCUCGGAGCGGUGCGGUCAGGCGUUGACCUGACUCCGGGCGAGGACCGGUAUCAGUAUAAAUGGAACUACAUACAUUCCUUGUUCUUCUCUUCGACGGUGCUAACUACUAUUGGGUACGGCAACAUGGCGCCGCGCACGGUGGGCGGCCGCAUCUUCUGCAUGCUGUUCGCCAUGAUCGGGAUCCCGCUGACGGUGACGGUGAUCGCCGACCUGGGCGCCAUGUUCGCCAACUCGGUGUCAGCUCUGUACGAGCGCGUCAAGCGCAGCUGGCUGGCGCGCAGAGGCGGCGGCGGCGGCGGCGCAGAGGAGGAGGCCGCCGGUUUUCAGCUCUCGGAGAGGAUGGAGCGGGCGCUGACGGUGGUGGUGUCCGUAAUCUUCCUAGUGCUGUACAUCGCCAUCGGCGGCGGAUUGUUUCUGCUGUGGGAGAGCUGGAGCUUCCUCGAGUCGUUCUACUUCUGCUUCAUCACCAUGACAACCAUCGGCUUCGGCGACUUUGUGCCAGCUAACGCCGAGUACAUGCUGGUGUGUACCGUGUACAUUCUGGUGGGGCUGGCGCUGACCACUACCAUCAUCGAGAUCGUUCGCCGCCAAUACGCCCAGUCCUGGCAGCAGAUGAAAAUGCUGACGGCACGGCUACAGAGUUUGUCGGGUCCGCUGACCGACCACCUGAAGAAGCUCGGUGAGCACGGGCACGGCGUCACCAUGGACGUCGACCUUCUCCGAGAGAUCCGAGAACUCCGCAAAACCAUGGCCAACACCAAAAUGAAGGACGGCUUCGCCUGGGACGACGCAGAGCUGGACGCGCUGACGCCCCGGCCACCCGUCCUGCAAAUCGUCAUCUACGAGAGCAACGUGUGAUGGUUCGGUGAAAGUGAGCGUCAUCGCGUCAUCUGAGCGUCAUCAUCGGAUGGCGGGCGACGAGACUGAACCCCUCGAGGACCCAGUCCAGAGCCGGUCCGGACACAGUCCAUAGAGAGCCGCGAUAGAGGGGAGGACGGACAGUGGUCUGUGUUGGAGACACUGCUUCUCACUGCCUCAUGUGUGUAUGUGAACUGUUGAAUGUGGAAGCGUUGUGGUGGAAGGAGUUAAGUGAGAUGCGCCGUUGAGUAGUCUGCCGUAGAGCAUGGAGCGAGUGAAUGUUACCUCAAAAAGACGACGCGCUAAGUUGUUGUGCGAAAUGGGACGACAGUUGACAGCGACACUGUACCGUAAAAUAUCACAAAUGUUUUGUUGUAGUCACAAGCGACAACAACUGCUAUAAAGAAUGCUAUACAUUUAGCAUGCUGUACUUACAUUAGGAAUAUGUACAUUGUCGUCGUUUAAGAAUAUCAUGAAAUGUUAGUUAUGGCGUGCAUAGUGUACGUUGCACAUUGCACAAUCCUGCUCUCAAAAUGACAAUGUUGACAGAUAUUGUCUGAAUGUUGAAUGUCACUCACGCUGUUCAUAUAAGCGCGCUGUGCACCGAUGGGCUGUCUAAUAGCUGGUCACAUGCGUCCUGUGUUAGGAAUGCCUAGCGAGGCAGAGUGACAUGAUUGUGUCAUUGCCUAGAGAUGACUUCCUCAAUGUUAGAAGUGACAAAAUGGCAGUGUCUCCUAUGUCAGAAUAUGUGUCACACGCCUGCCUUCACUCACCCCAGAGUUGUGUUAGCCGUGUUUCAGAAACGUCACCCGCGUAUCACCAGCGCAUCAGUUGUGUGUGGGCAGUGCAAUGUCUAGCGGUCCUUGGUGCGCGAGGAGAUGGAUGUCCGUUCCUCAUCAUCACGUAGCGAGAGUAGAGGACGUGGGUCGGUCGUUCCAGCUGCUCUGUUGUCUCGGCGCGACUGUGAUCAGACCGUGUCGGAUCGGCUGCAGCGCCCCAAAUCACCCAGCACAGCCCUGUGUGGUAGAAGUGCUUUCAGUGAAUGAACUCACACAAAUGCGCAAUGCAUUCAAAUACACAUUCACUCGUCCU